UCGAUGUUUUCGCAUCUCUACAGGUUCUUGAGAAAAAAUUGUGUAUUAUUAAAGCUAAACCAAUAAUUUAUAUAUUUAAUAUAUUUUAAAAUAACGUUUGGCAGAAUGAAAUGAGAGUGUUAUCUCAUAUAAUUUUGGUUAAGAUGUAUUAACAUUUUCCGCUACAGUUUAAUAAUUCGGUGAAUGUAUGUACAAAAGUAUGAACAUAUGUACAUAUUAAUGAAAUGUGAAAUUGUGUUUUUGUACUAUAUUCUGAACGUUUAUUCGGUAACGAAUUAUUAUUAAUUAUUUGGAAUGAUUCUAUAAAGCAACAUUCAUUAUAUGCAAACAUUCAUACAUACAUAUGUAACUUACUAAGAAAAUAAAUUAAGAUAAAGCCCACACAAUAAUUCAGCAGUUUAAAUAAAAAAUAAGUAUUAUUGACCAGAAGUUUAAAAACACUAUUCCAUCCAAAAAUGCAAACUUCUGGUUGAAAUUAUAAUGCUAUUUUAAACCAAAACAACCAAUGAAAAAAUAAAUAACGAAAAAUAUCUCGGAUAUCGGUGUAUGUACAUAUGUUUGUGCAUAUGUACGUAUGUAUGUAUGUAUACCUGAAUACUAUGGUUGGUUCAUUGAAGAAAAUCUAUCAUAUUGAACUGUGUGGCAAAAAGUCAAUUCGGAUUACUGCUGCUACCGGUGAAAGCUUUUUAGACGAAAAACUAAUCCUCAAGUCACCAAAAGCCAAUUCUUCGCCUCCAUCUAUAAUGUCUAUACCUCAGCUUAAGGUCCAGCACAUGAUUAACCGAAACUCGACGGCCAACCCGGCUGGUGUUACUACUCAAACUAAUACCCAUAAUGCAAGCCAACAUCAAGGGUGUCGAGGCGGCAAGCGGCAGGUUCAAUAUUUCAGCAGGAGCUAUGGCUCAUCGGCUUUGCUUUAUAAUCGGCAAGAAGAUAUGCAGCCGGAAUUGUCAGAUCCAGAUACAAAUUCGCUUGUCAGCAAUAUUCAUUUACAUCAGCGCAGUUCGACUUCCGAUGGCUUUGAGCUUUCAGCCUCUAUUCAAGCCAUAUCGCUGCCAAAUGCCGUGACCAGUUUAACAAAAACGGAGGUUCCCAAUUUAAGUUUAAGCACUACUAUCUCAAGCAGCUGCAGUAAGGCUAAGGCACAAACUGAACCCAUAGUGGAUGAGAGUCCCCAACCAAUGGAGAAUCAAAGCUAUUUAUUUCACGAACAAAUCAUCAUGUCUGGCCAGCAGAAGAGUGCAUUGCAGGAUAAGCCAAAAGUUCUUGUUGUUUCGCCCCAGCAAGUUAUGAUCUUGUAUAUGCAUAAGCUAACUCCCUACGAACGAACAGAAAUACUAGCCUAUCCCCAGAUAUAUUUUAUUGGGGCGAAUGCCAAGAAGCGUCCCGGCGUAUAUGGACCCAAUAAUUCGGAUUAUGAUAAUGAACAAGGUGCUUAUAUACACGUCCCACACGACCAUGUGGCGUAUCGUUAUGAGAUGUUGAAAAUAAUUGGUAAGGGCAGCUUCGGGCAGGUGAUAAAGGCCUAUGAUCAUAAAACCCACGAACAUGUUGCUCUUAAAAUUGUGCGCAACGAGAAGAGGUUUCAUCGUCAGGCACAGGAGGAGAUUCGAAUUCUUCACCAUUUGCGGCGUCAUGAUAAAUAUAAUACAAUGAACAUUAUCCACAUGUUCGAUUACUUUACAUUUCGCAAUCAUACUUGCAUCACUUUUGAGCUUCUUAGUAUCAAUCUUUACGAAUUGAUUAAAAAGAACGGGUUUAAAGGCUUCAGCCUUCAAUUGGUGCGCAAAUUUGCUCAUUCUUUGCUGCAAUGCUUGGAUGCUUUGUAUAAGAGCGACAUUAUCCAUUGUGAUAUGAAGCCGGAGAAUGUUUUACUUAAGCAACAAGGUCGUUCCGGUAUAAAGGUGAUUGACUUUGGUUCGUCGUGUUUUGAAAAUCAACGAAUCUACACAUAUAUCCAGUCACGUUUCUAUCGCGCUCCCGAAGUUAUAUUAGGCUCAAAAUAUGGCCGAGCCAUUGAUAUGUGGUCAUUGGGUUGUAUUUUAGCAGAGUUGCUAUCGGGGCAUGCCCUAUUUCCGGGCGAAAAUGAAAGCGAUCAACUGGCGUGCAUUAUUGAAGUGUUGGGAAUGCCAAAUAGGAAUAUAUUAGCCAGUUCGAAGAGAUCAAAAUCAUUUUUUAGCCCAAAGGGAUAUCCCCGCUACUGCACUGUUCGCACCAUGUCCGAUGGUAUGGUGGUUCUAAUCGGUGGUCAGUCCCGCAGGGGCAAGCCACGCGGUCCACCUUGCUCCAAGAGUUUAUCUAAGGCGCUGGAUGGAUGUAAAGAUCCGCUGUUUCUUAAUUUUAUACGCGGUUGCCUAGAAUGGGAUGCAGAAAAGCGAUUGACACCAUCAGAAGCGUUGAAGCAUCCUUGGCUGCGCCGUAGACUGCCCAGGCCGCCUAGCACUACAAGUGGCGGUUGUAACACGAGCGGAAAUCAGUCCCCAGUAACAGGUGUCAAUAAAGGGUCCGCAAAUGAAGUAACAAAUAUAAAUUCCUCAACAUCCGGUACAUCCAUUUCGUUAUCCAUUGAAAGGGACAACGAAAAUAGUCAUUGCGAUUUAAAGCUCACGAAACUGGCCAACUUAAAUGUCAACGAAGGCGAAUUAAUAACAAAAAAAGAUACAGAUAUCUUGGCAGAAGGUUUAAGAAAAGCAUGCGUUAAUGAUAUCUCCACACGAUUAUUAUUACCUUCAACAACAACAACGUCAGCGCAUUCAGCGGAUUCUGGUGAAACAUCUAGAUUUUAUCCAGCUUCUAUGCCAUAUUUACCGCAUUUGAUGAACAAUAAUGGAAUGAAUAGACUCACUGGCUCCCUAAACAGCUCGGCCAACUCUCUCCUCCAACUAGAGAAUGUCACAAAUUUGGAUAUCUUGCAAGAUUACUCCUCGACCUCAAGCACGCCCAAUUUAAAAACAAAAGAUGCUGGAUCUGGAUAUGCUUUAGAUACAGCUAAUGAGUCUUUGGCUAACCUAGCUAGUAGUGGUUAUGUCUUGGAUAAAUCUAUUAAAAUUAUUAGUGGUAACUCUAACCUAACAAAUAUAAGAAAUGAUAUGUAGCCAAUUCCUGAAAAUAUCAUACAAUUUGCCAUUUUAAAGAUCAUAAAAAGCUUAAUUUGAUUUAUUAUUUAAAAAAGGCACUGCCAGUAUAAAAGUGAUACCAAACUAAUAAAUUAAACAUCAAGUCAAGUCGCACACAUAAAUACUAAAAAAACAAAGAUCUCACAAGGAUUAAAAUUUACAAAUUUAAGUAUGAUUGCAUUUUUAUUACAAAACAAAAAAUUGCUACAUACAUGUUACACACAGUUUGGGUUAUAAUGUUGCAUAAAGAACCUAACUUAAUCAAAUAAAUAAAAAUAUUUAUAUAUAUAUAUAUAUAUAUGAAUAAAUAUGUAGAAGAAUUUACCAUACACUGCUAAUGCUAAUGCAAUUCUGAUAAGUUUUCGGGUUUUUAAAGAUUAAAAAGCUUCUAUAUAGGUUGAAUAUGUCAAUAAAAUCAUAAAAUCAUUUUAAAGCAAGGGUCCUAAACAAUUCCAUUUUCCAUUUUAUAUCAACAUAAAUUUAUAAAUAAAUAAUAAAACAGACCUUAGAAAAAACGCUAUAAUGGAGCAUUCUAAUGUCUGCCAUCUUUCCUUUUUUAAUUGGAAGGAUCUGUAUUAAUUUAAGUUAAUUGUAAAGUCCCCUUCAAGAUAUGAAUAGGAACGGCUUUAAAAUGUAAUUUGUAGUAAACAAAAAAAGCCUUAUAUCAAUAUCUGAUUGCAUGCUAAUUACCAAUAAAAAGUAACUUAAAAGAAAAACUAUAAAUAAAAUUUACAAAAGAUGA